AUGGGUUUGAUCGAGCGGGCCACGCAGCCUGAAAUGCGUUCCUACUAUCGCUACAAUCCCUCUCUAGCCCCAGCUGUUGUGGCCGCCGUCUUGUACACCAUCGCGUUUAUUGGGACUCUGGUACAAUGGGUUCGAUACAGGGCCUGGAUUUGGGCUAUCAUGGUGGUAGCAGCAGCCAUGGAGGCAGCCGGCUGGAUCAGUCGAUGCAUUUCAGUCAAGGAUGUAACCGACAAGCCAUCUUAUUCCGUUCAGUUUGGUCUGGUCAUUCUUGCCCCCGUCCUCAUGGCCGCAUGUUGCUACAUCAUCUUCAGCCGCAUCUUGUUCCUGAUUGUACCCCGGGAGAAACGGACCUUCAAGCUGUGCUGGGUGCCGCCUCGGUUCAUCACGCCUCUCUUCGUCGGAUUCGACAUUGUUGCCCUGUUGCUCCAGAUGGGCGGUGCAAUUAUGAUCACGUCAGUCGACGACAACGACAAAAACGCCAGAGACAAGCUCAACACCGGCAAGCAUGUCGCCCAGAUUGGCGUGAUCGUCCAGCUGGCAGCGUUUGGUCUUUUCGCCGUUGCUGCCGUCCGCUUCAACUUCACCUCGAAGCGCUUCACAGAAUUUGUUAGGGAGCGGUAUGAGAGCGUUAGUGAGAAAGAGCAUAUUGUUGGCGGUAUUGCCAAGGAUAAGCAUUGGCCUACACUGUUACGAGUCGUUAACUUCACUACGAUUUUGAUUCUGGUUCGGUCCAUUUAUCGACUAGUGGAAUUCACAGAGGGAACAACCGGAUACUUGAAUACCCAUGAAUGGCCCUUGUACAUCUUCGAUGCUCUUUGCAUCUACCCUUGUGUGGCCCUUUUCGUCUGGUGGCAUCCCUCACGGUACAUGCCCUACAUGGGGCUUCGACUCCCCAAGGACGCUCGCUAG